AUGCCCACUCUCUGACCGAAAAUAAGUUCAGUAGUAAAUUCGCGAUCGUUCAUGCAACAUGCAAAGAUUACCAAUUUGCUUGAUUGUCUUUACGUGCCUUGGUGUUGGCACCUGGGCAAUUGAGGGUGUCAAAGGUGGACAUCGGCCGCGUUAUCCUACAAGCGGGAGUUACAGUAGCACCAACUCUUCGCAACAUGGCCUUUGCCAUAAAAGAGUGCCAUACAGCCAUGUUUUAGCUUUAAACGCCAGUGGAUCGCUUUACAAUACUAUCCCUCAAUCACCUGAAGGUGGCCAUCCUCCUGACGGUUGGAUCACUAUCUUGGACUGUUGUGACGGCUACGUGCGCAAUGUGACGAGCGGCCUAUGCGAACCGCAAUGCGAACGCGGUUGUUUUGGCGGCCGCUGCACAGCCCCGAACGUCUGCAGCUGCCCGUCGGGAUGGCGUUCCGAGGAUGGCGUUUGCAUGCCCGUUUGCUCCUACCGAUGCCAGGAGAAUGCUUAUUGCUUCUCGCCCGAGGUGUGCGUAUGCAAACUGGGCUACGACGAGAUCGACGGUCAAUGCAAACCGAUCUGUCCUAACGGAUGCAAGCAAGGCGAAUGCGUGGCGCCGCGCGUCUGCAGUUGCAGACAAGGAUACGUUCUGAAUGAACGCAAGGAGUGUGUGGCUGCGUGCGAAGGCGGUUGCGUGCAUGGCGUAUGCAGCGCACCAGGCGUAUGCACCUGCGAUGAAGGAUACACCAACUUGUUCGGCGAUACCGAGUCCUGCACUCCCCAUUGCCCGACCGGUUGUCCUAACGGCGAAUGCGUCGCACCAAACCUUUGCUUAUGCAGGGUCGGUUUCACGCGCAAUCAAGCCGGCGCUUGCAUACCUGUCUGCCCGGGUGGUUGUGAGGGAGGCGAGUGCAUUGCACCCAACUUUUGCAGCUGCAGACCUGGAUACACGCAGGACCGUCACAGUGGCAAAUGCGUCUCGAGUACUACAGGUUCAGCGCAGUGCGGAUACGGAUACACCGUCGAUCCUGAUACCCGUAGAUGCAUCCCCGUAACGACAACCCCAACAUCACAGCCCAUUGGCGAUUGCAGGUACGGCUGCGGUCCGCAUAGCACGUGCGUGGGAUAUCGGUGCACCUGCGAACCUGGAUUCACUGUCGACCCCGAUACUGGCAGAUGCAUCUCCGCAACGACAUCCACGACUAAUUCGACGCAAUGCCGAUACGGUUGCGGGCCAAACGGCCGAUGUGUUGGUUCAAACUUGUGCGUCUGCGAUCCGGGAUUCCGCGUUGAUCCCGAUACCGGAAGAUGCAUUCCACACGUGAGCACGAGCGCGGACAUGUGCCAAUACCCGUGCCUAAACGGUCGAUGCACUGGACCGGAUCAAUGCACCUGCAACCAUGGAUACACGCAUGACGAAUACGAUAGUACGCGUUCAAGAUGCGUGCCGAUGUGCGCGGGUGGAUGUCCGAACGGUGUAUGCACCCUGCCAAACUUUUGCAUAUGCAAUCCCGGAUACCGAAAGGAAGGUGUCAAGGGUCGGCAGAGAUGUAUCCCAGAGUAUUCGGCAAUUAUGAAACUUUUGUACGUCGUAUUUAUUCUUGCUUUUCUACAAGACGAAUUGGUUACUAAAGUAGAAUCGCGUACUGUAACGUUAUCAAGUGAUUAUUCUACGGGAAAUUGUAGUAAAAUCAUUAGUUUUAUGGAAACAUCUGAAGUUCCAUAUUUGGAAACGUAUAAGGAAAAAACGUGGGGUAUUUUUUAUAAAACCCGCGUUCGAUGGAAUUAUAAAAUUGAGUCUCGAAGAUCAUGGCGCAUAGAAUACGACUGUUGUGACGGAUUUGAACGUAAAUUCUUUUGGGACGCUUCGAGUUCAAAAAUGCAUGCAAAAUGUGAACCAUUUUGUCGGCCUUCUUGCGGAAAUGGUACAUGCACGAAGCCAAACUUGUGCCUCUGCAAUUAUGGAUACAUUUUUACAUACUCUGAAACUCCAAAGUCUGACGUUGGCUGUGUUCCUGUAUGUACUCCCCCUUGUGUACAUGGCAAAUGUGUCUUACCCGACACUUGCAUGUGCGAUUCUGGAUACAAAUCGACAAACGAUUAUUACAUCUGCGAACCCAUUUGCAAUGUACCCUGUCCUACAGGAUCAUAUUGCUAUAAACCCGACCAAUGUUUCUGUCUGGACGGAUAUAAAAACAUUUCCAGUGGCGUCAAAUUAACUAAUAUGUGCGAGCCUAUUUGUGAAAGAGAGUGUGUUCACGGGAAGUGCACAGCCCCCAAUAUCUGCACUUGCGAUGACGGUUACGAGCCUGAUACACACGACUUAUUUGCCUGCAAACCCACGUGCAAGUAUGGUUGUCUGUAUGGCGAGUGCACCGCUCCUAAUGUAUGUACCUGUAUUGAGGGUUAUUCAUUAAACAUCUAUAUAUCGAGCGUUUGCGAACCAAUCUGCAGUGAAGCUUGCGUUAUGGGCACUUGCGUGGCUCCUGAAAGUUGUAGCUGCCUCACGGGCUACGGACUGCUUGAGAAUUCAAAGUAUAUCUGCGAACCAGUCUGCGAAAAGGCUUGCCUCAAUGGACGAUGCACUGCGCCUGGCAUAUGCAUGUGCAACGAAGGAUUCCAAUUAAGUGGAGACGAGACAGAAAAGCACAUUUGUAAGCCUUAUUGCGAAACAUCUUGCGAACCGUUCGGCGUCUGCACUGCGCCGGAUGUUUGCUCCUGUUUUGAAGGAUAUCGCCUGGCUAAUAAGACGCAAAUUGAGAAAAUCAAUUGGCUACAUUUUGUGAGCAGCUCGGUUUGCGAGCCGAUCUGCGAGAUGGAAUGCAUAAAUGGAUUCUGCAGCGCUCCGUGGACGUGUAGUUGCAACAUCGGCUAUCAUCCAACAUCGGCGAUCCCUAUGUCAAGUUCUUAUGUCUGCCAACCUACAUGUAGCCAGAAAUGCUUCAACGGCUUCUGUACCGCACCUGAGACCUGCAUGUGCGAUUCGGGUUAUCGUCGUUCCAAUUCUUGGAACGAAUGCGAGCCGAUCUGUGAGACUGAUUGCAUCAAUGGAUAUUGCACUGCGCCAAACGAAUGCACCUGCAAUUCCGGCUACCAACCUACCGAAGGAAAUCGUACGAGCCUUUGCGAACCUAUUUGCAAUCCAAGUUGUAAGAACGGUAUCUGCGUACAACCCGACGUAUGCAGUUGCAAUCCGGGCUAUCAUCUGUCGAUGAAUUCUAAGACAGUGUGCGACCCUAUCUGUCACCCGGCUUGCGGAACAAAUGGAAUUUGCGAAGCACCCGAUCUCUGCUUUUGCAAGGACGGUUAUCGCAUGGUUUAUUACGACAGAAAAAACGUUCCAUUCAGAUGUGAGCCGAUUUGUAGCGUUGUAUGUGGCAAUGGCACAUGUACGGCGCCGGAUCUCUGCAUGUGUUUCGAUGGCUAUCGAAACGCAGAAAUUGGCGGAUGCGAGCCCGUCUGCUCGACUUGUAACAACGGCACGUGCGUUGCGCCCGAAAUUUGCGAAUGCAACGACGGAUUUGUUCCUGCGGAUCCGAAUCUCGAAUUUGAAGUAAAAGACUCUCAAUAUUCGAUUGUCUCCGAAAAUAGAACGAAAAACGGAAGCAGGUGCCUGCCGUAUUGCGAGAAUUGCGAUAAUGGCGAGUGCGAGGCACCAGGAGAGUGUCGAUGUUAUGCUGAUUUCAUAAAGAUCGAAAGUACCUGCGUACACGCGUGUCAAGGUGGUUGCGGUACUCACGGCGAGUGCGUCAAGGAACGCAGGACUUGCGAAUGUGAUUACGGAUGGGCUGGAUUACACUGCGAUCGCCCAACAUUGUGUGUCUUGAUCUUGAAGGAUGGAGAUAAUCGAACUGAGCAAUUGAGAAUUAUAAAAGAAAAAAAUGCUACCAUUGAGCAUAUAUUUAAAAAUAACCCAGCUUGUUCCGAAUGCAUUGGUAAAGUAAACAAUGAAACUUUGUGUUUUAAGAUGUUUGGCAAUGAUACAGAAGAUGAGGCGGAAAUUGGUUGCUUAAUGAAUGAAGAAUGUCUCGCAUUGAGCAAUAUAAAUCAAUACAAGAAUCAAGGAGAAAUGAUCAAACUAAUAAGUGGAAUUAUAGGUGGAAUAUUACUUCUAACAGCAAUAACCAUAUAUGUGAUAUUACGAAAACGCCGAAAUAGACAGUUGGAGCUAGGUGAUAUUCAGAAUGUUCAGAUAAUUUUCAAGCACAGUACGUCAACACAAGGACUAAUGGAAUCAAAUACCGAUAACUCCUAAUAUGAAAAAUAUUUUCAAAAUCUUAAUAUAUAAGCUUCUUAUACUAA